AUGAGCCAAGAAACAAAUUCACCGCGCUCAAAUACUUUACCUUACAGAUCUGGGAUUGGACCCGUUAAUAAUGGAAUCUAUAUUUUCUACAUAACAGUAAUUGGAUUAAUUAUCCUUACAUCGACAGCAGGUAACAUUAUUGUCUUUGCAGCUGUUCUGAAAAGCAAGAAUAUUGUUCACUUGCCCACAUUUUAUUUAGUGUUAAAUCUGGCAUUUGCUGAUUUAUCUCUGGCCACAGUAGUCAUGCCAUUAUCUGUCAUCAUUAUGUUAAGUUACUGGGAUUUUUUAAUAUUAAGUACAACUUUAUGUCUCAUAUGGCAAAGUUUAUUAUUCUUCUUUAUAUCUUUGUCAUUACUAACGCUAUCAGCUAUAAGUGUGGAGCGCUGUUUGGCGGUAACAUCAGCAUAUGUAUAUCGUCGUCGAGUUCGUUCCCGUUGGAUCAUCGCCGCAAUAGUAAUAAUAUGGUGUUUAAGUAUUGGAUUAGCCGUUAAACCGAUCAUUGACUUAAUUCAAUUUCAUGGAAAGCCAAUGGCUAGCGAUCAUACUUCUAAUUUAUUCAAAACGACUCCAUCUAUUGGUUUAAGCUAUGCAAUGCAGCACGAUAAUUCAAGCUAUGCUGCCAAUGUUCUUACUCAUAAUCCAGCCGCAGUAGAAAUUAAAAAAUCUUGUAUUUAUUAUAACGCAUACAGUACAUGGACUAUUUUAGCAUUUAUCUUACUUGCUACUUACUUGAUUGUGCCAUUUAUAAUUAUGAUUGCUUGUAAUGCAAGGAUCUAUCAUGCUGCUCGACAACAUUUUAAAAUGCGGCGUGAAAUGCUACGAAUGUAUACUGCUACCAUUGCUAUACCAAACAAUCGUGAGAGAGGGCGUGAAAGUAAACGCUUUUUGCGCGAAUUACGCGCAGCUAAGACAUUAGGAGUUGUCGUAGGUAUUGCUAUUCUUUGUUUUACACCAUUUACUAUAAUCACCUUUAUACUUCAAGUAUGCCCAGGUAGUUGUUUAACUUAUCAAAAAGGAUUGCAAUGGUUAGGAGUAGUUUUAACCUACGUAAAUUCUGCAUGCAAUCCUAUCAUCUAUGGAUGGUCCAGUCGUGAAUUCCGAUUUGCUUUUAAGUACCUUUUUAAGCAGAUUGAUCCAAAUGCACGUCAUAAUAGCUGCGACUCAUCAUCAGCAUAUAUUCACUUAUCUAACAUCCAUCCAAUUAGCCAUAUACCACUGUCAAUGACUCCAGUUCAACUUAAUGAUAGCAGAAGAGGAAGUCAGACAUCGUUAACGUUUAGUCGGGGCCACACUAUUUCCUCACCUCAAAUUUCCAGUAAAAAUAAGGUUGAAAAGCACGAAUUUUAA